GGCGCCACUCGUACAAACUUCAACGAUUGCUUUCUCAGGUGACGUGUUCUGCCUGUGUAUUUCUGCUCUCACAUAAUUUUGAUCGCAAUUCAAUAUUUUCGUCGUGCUAUCAGAAGCACGCAGAUUCAUAAUCAUGUUAAAACACGGCGGAGUAAUCCUCGUCUUUUUAUGCAUUCUCGAGUAUGGAACAGGUUUAUACUUUCACAUCGGCGAAACGGAGAGAAAAUGUUUCAUCGAAGAGAUUCCAGAUGAUACGACAGUCCUCGUAAAUUACAAGGUCGAAAUAUUCGACCCCCGAGCUGACGAGUUCAUCCGCAGCAGUCCCGGAAUGGGAAUGCACGUAGAAGUUAGCGAUCCGGAUGACAAAACAAUUCUUUCGAGAGUGUACAGUUCAGAGGGACGAAUUUCAUUCACCUCUCACACCCCCGGGGAACAUGUUAUUUGCUUGUAUUCCAACACCAGUGCUUGGUUUAGUGGUACUCAGUUGCGAGUUCAUUUGGACAUUCAAGUGGGUGAACAUGCUAUCGAGUAUGCCAACAUCGCACAAAAGGAAAAGUUCACUGAAUUAGAACUGAGAAUACGCCAGCUUCUUGACCAAGUGGAACAGAUCACCAAGGAACAAAAUUAUCAAAGGUACCGAGAAGAACGUUUCCGGCAAACAUCUGAAAGCACGCAUAGACGCGUGUUCUGGUGGUCCCUUACACAGUCUGUGGUUCUCUUGGUCAUGGGUUUAUGGCAAAUGAAACAUUUGAAAAACUUCUUUGAAGCAAAGAAAUUAGUAUAAAAUAGAUUCGACUUAUUCCUAGGGUAUUAGACAUUUUUAAUUCUUCUUUGUCAUUGUGUGAAACUCAUUUUAAUUUAUUCAAGAAAAGAAAAAUCGAACAUGGUAAGCAUAGAAUAAUGGUCUGUUUUUAAGAACAAUUUAAUCUCUGGCCGUGUCCACCGAUGUUCCUCAAUCAAGUAUGUACUCAUUCGAAACAAGCGACUUUUUAGUGUAACGGAAACAAUGUAUAAUACGAUUUUUCAUAGGAAUAAAAGUCGGUUUCAAUUUUCAAAA